CUAUGGAAGAAGUCGCUCGCGUGGAAGCACCUCCUGCCGCUGUCCAGCCGCCAUUGCAGAGGGUAAGAAGUGGGGUUUCAGGCAGUCCUAUCCUCAGGUCGAUCGCGCGCAAGAUGGAAGUUGCAACAGCGAGCAGGGCGUCUCCGAGAGUCGUCCUCCCGCAGCACUGGCAAGAGGAGAUGGUUCGCGUGGAGCCGACUCGUAUCAAUCCCGUCCAGGCCGACCCAGAGAAAGCGUGGCGGGCAUCCGCGAACGUGUUUGAGGAGUGGAUCGUUGACGUCGAGGACGCGAGCUGGAAGGAGUUCGUCCAGACCCCGCUGCCCGAGCUCCCUGAGCUAGUGAUCCGCACGUACUCCAACGUUUCGCCACCGCCGCUCGCCGAGCUCUGCCCGCUCGACUUUGAGAUGCGCUGCUGGUGGUCGUUUCAUGGAGAGAUGGACGAGUGGAUCCAGCAGCAGCCGGACGAUUUGCCAGCUCCAGAUGCUUGUCCGCUGGGACAUUUUCGGUGGAUCGCACUGAAUCUGCUGCAUAUGUCCGGGCAAAUCCAGGACACUUCACUAGCGGCCUUGUGCUGCUACCCCGAUGCGAUGGUCAGAGCAGAUCCUGGGAUUCCCUCUCUGCCGGAUUGCAGGAAGAUGUGUCUCGUUGGUGUCAUGGCGAUGAAUCUCGACGAGAAGAACAGCAGCCUGGAGAUUCAAGCUGCGAGGCUCUACUCGUACAUGUUGCUCACGGGCUCACACUUUGGGAUUCUGUCCUCCUACUUCAAAACUUUUGCUUGCAAGAGGCUGCCGGGUUUGGAUGGGUGCUUGUGGAUCUCACCUCCGCUGCUCUACAACAGCGGCGACACGCUCAAAGCUUGCGGAUUUGUGGCAUGGCAGGCACAGAACUUCUGCGAAGCUAGAGCAGUGCCAAUUCCUCCCGAUCUCCAGGCUCCUUUUACAGGGACGGGGCCUCGAGCGUUUGAUCGUGUGCCGAUUCUUGCGAGGCUUCGGAAGCUUGCCAAGGAGCAGGGUGUUGCAAACAUGGACGAGCUUGUGGAGAAGCUUUCGUGGUGGGACGAUCUACAUGCCCUGAGCGAGCCUAGUAUCUACUCACACAACGCAGAGAAGGGGCGGAUCCUGGCGUCUGCCGAGUACCAUGGGAGGCUUGUGCUCGUCAAGUUCAGGGACUUGACGCAAAGCGAGUGUUUGGAUACAGACUUUUACCUGCGGAGGUUCCUUCGUGAGGUGGACGUUUACAUGCGGCUCCGGGAUUUGCAGGGCGAUGCCAUUCCGGAGAUGCUCGACUAUGGUUUCGUGCGUGGCGCCACCAUUUGCUUCGUUAUCCUCACAUAUUGUGGCAACUUCUCGAAAAUGGUUCCUUUGUAUGGCAAGCGCUUCAAAUCGUUAAACGACGAUGGUGGCACCUUCGAUGCGGGAGCUGAGUAUGAUGUGAUCAUGUCCCUCCUGCAAAAGGUUCAUGCUCAGGGCGUCCACUUUGCUGGGGGGCAUCUGGGAGUCAGCGAUGCUGCCAAGGCUAAGGAUGUUGAGUUUUUGCGUGCUUCUUUGUUACCAGUAUAGAAGAAGCGUGCGAGAAUCCGGGAUACAAAUUUUUAUCGAGCUUAGAUAGGAGACUCUAGCUGUUAUAGUUUAUGGUUUUCACUAAAUUUUCGGGUUGGAGAACAGGUUGACAUUCCUUCUGAUGCAUUUUAGAGACUGUAAUUUAAGAAGAAUAGAAUUGUAUUUAAGAGUUUCUAAUCAAUUGCUUUCA